CUGUCCAAGGUGCCUGACUCCUACCGCUCUAUGAUCUCUGCGCUCAUGGCAACGACGGAGCUUGACAACCUCACCGUCGACGUCAUCCUCGCCAAGACCCUCGCUGAGGAGUCUAUGCGCAAGAACGGUCAGGCCGCCUCUCGCAUCUCGCAGACCAAGCCUAAGAAGACUGGCCCUUGUGGACAUUGUGGCAGUCAGACCCAUCACGAGUCAACUUGCUACAAGAAGCAUCCCGAGCUUCGUCCUCAGGGCAAGGACAAAGGCAAGAAGAAGGACAAAGGGAAGGGAAAGGACACUUCGAAUAACCAUGCUCACGUCGCUGCUCCAUCUGCCAAUGUA